AGUCAACCCAAAGAGCACAAACAAGAUCGUGGCCAUGUCCAACUACGAACUUUUCUUGAGGGCGGACUACCCUGACAUGGGCGGGACGUGGGUGAAGAAGGUGUCCCUGGACGUGGGCAGCCAGCAUGUCUUCUGCUGCUCGCUCCAGGCCCUGUUCUGCUACGACACGGAGGGGAAGCUGCUGCUGAAGAUCCCCCAGCCCCACAGGUCAUCUCCCUCGGCCUGCCUCUACUCGCCCCACCACAAGGUGGUGCUCACCUGCUCCGGAGACUGCCACAUUAACAAGUGGUCGAGGAAAGGGAGCCUUCUUCACAAGUUCACAGGUCACACCAAGGUCGUCACGAACCUGCUGCUUCACCCUGAUACCAGGGCGGUCUUUAUCUCCAGCUCCAAGGACGGCUCCAUCAGGUUCUGGUCCCUGGACACGUUGAACGAACUCUUCAGCCUGUCGGUGAUGGUGGAGGGCAUUGAGUGGAUGGGACUGACGGAGAGCUCCUGGCUGUACUGCUGCUCCCACCGGCACUGCCACACCUAUGCCAUCAACCACUUCACCCACUUCUGGAACCACACCAGCAGCCCCGUCACCCACAUCGGCUUAGCCUCCGCCAAAGGGAAGACCACUCGAGUCACCGUCUUACAGGAAGAGAACAAUCUACACAUCAUGUCCCAGAGUCAAGGGGUGAACCUGUCUGUGGUGCUCCCACUGCCGAUAAGGACCCUGAUGCAGUACACCUACAACAGGAACAGGAACCUGGUCUUCUAUCUGGUGGAGCCUGUGGAGAUCUGGAUCUACACCAUCAAAACCAACCCAGCCUGCAGAGUCGCUGUGUGGAACAUUCCGGAAAUAGUCAGACAUGCCUACACCCCCAAUGAUGGCAAACCGUCGAGCCGGAUAUCGCUUGCCAACGACACGCGCCUGUCUCCGUUUGACGAGAGCCUGUGGAAGGUUCCGGACUGUGCGUGCCGCUGUAUCGCCAGCCUCUCCUCACGCAUCUACUACCCGACCGGUGAGGGGACCGCAUGCGCCGACUCAGAGGAGUUUCUGCUCUUGGGCCUGGAGGAUGGACGGAUAUUCUUCGUGGAUACCGAGGUGAUGAACGUGUCCUACCACGACAUCCAAGCCCACCAGGGACCGGUAAUCUUCAUGAUGUCAAUCGUGGAUCAGAGCCAGUUGAUAUCGAUGGGUCAGGACACUGCAGGCAAGUGUCUCAAGAUCUGGAGUCUGCCCAAGUUGUAUCUUCUCCACGAUGUUAUCAUCCCAUUCUCCACGGUCAGCCUCUCGAUAAUAGACAGUCACCUGUGUCUGGGGCUGGAGUCCGGGUCAAUCAUCUUCUCCAACUUCACAGCCACCAGCUCCUGGCUACUUCCGGCAUCUAUCACCACACCGCCAGAUUUGGACGAGAGGAGUGACUCGGACGAGAGGCAGACGGCGUCUCUAACGGACGUGUUCACUGAUGCCUGCCCAAAGCAGAACAUCUUCCUGAGUUGCAGUGGUGAAGCCGUGAUUAAAGUCUGGGAUCUCCAGGGGUAUCUGCUGACUGAGAUAGUUCUCGAUCACACCCUCACCCACGCCAUCUUCCUCAAUGACACAGGAGAUAUCCUGAUGGGCUUCAAGCAGAAUCUCUUCCUCAUCCCUCACCACAAGCUGAUGUUUGAAGUGACAGACUACACGUCUGAUACAUCAGCCAGAGAGUCGGAUAUCUACGAGGACCCAGACAUUAAGUACGAAUACAAGGGGAUUCAAGCUCAUUCCCACUUGGAUAUAGAUUCGUAUUUGACACCCUUCAUCUUUCAUGAUGUACUGUCGGAUAUUCAAUCAUUCACGUCCGAGCUGUUACCCGCUGCAGAGGUUGCGGUCACCAGCGUAGAGGUUUCUGGCGAAGUUCAGACCAUCACCAUGGAAACCAGUGCAUCACCAGACACUGCACAACCAGAGCAGGUGGCAGAAGAGUUAAGUGGAGACAUCCUGCAAGAAGAUAGCUCGCAUACUGAUCUGGACAAGGUGCCCCAAACUUCAUCGAUGGCCGAAUUCGCAGAACUCAGUGAGACCGAGGUUGGCACAGUUGAGGAGAGCAGGGCUUCAUCCCUGGAAGACAUCAAGAAGCAGCUGCACCCCAGCCCAGCCGCGGUCACCAUCAACAGAGCCCCCAUUGCCGCCGUGGUCAACCUGGCCGACAGAUUCGAGCUGGCGAGAAGAGGUCUGAAAUUGGACCGGUUCUUCAUCGCCAACCCUGAGCGAGCCAGGACCUUCAGCCUGAACUCGAAGGAUAUCGUGCAGCCUCUCUUUCUGAAUAUUUAUGAGAACAAAAUGAUUCUCCGAAAAAAGGCCAAGAAAAAUCGUAAAUACCCAAUGAAGCCGAUAAAGAUCCCAGCUUCUUUCAAGAGCAAAAUGAAGAUCGUCUCAGAUUCAGGUGAGCGCAGGGAUCGGGGGGGGGAGAGAGGACUCAGCGGAUUGGCCCCGCUGGCAAUUCCACUGAGAGUGAUGGGCUGACUGCCAUGGGGAAACGGUAUCUGUACCUCAUGGCACAGAGGGAGGCCCCUCGGCCCAUCGACCGCGUGCUGACCGAGGAGAGUUUGCACGAACACAGAUCAGAAAGAUUCCCAUCCAAUGCAGAGUUGGAAAAGGAUUACACACCAAGUCACACGAUGUUUGGUUGGCGCGGGUGAGAUGGGCCGAAGGGCCUGUGUCUCCAUGACCCUAAUAUGUCAGAGGGUUUGGGUGUACGUGGCAGUGUAGAGGGAGCUUCACUCUGUGUCUGACCCCAGGAAUGUGUGAGGGGACGGUGUAGAGAGUAUUGGCUCCAGGGAGAGGUUGGACAAACUUGGAUUGGUUUUUUUCUGGAGUGUCAGAGGUUGAGGAAAGACCAGAUGGAACUAUAUAAAAUGAUGGGAGGCAAAGAUAGGCAUAGAUAGUAAGAACCUUUUCCCGAGGGUGGAAAUUUCAAAUAUUCGAGCGCACAGCUUUAAGAUGAGAGGGGCAAGGUUUAAAGAUGUGCGGGAUAGUUGUUUACACAAAGGGUGGUGGGUGCCUGGAACGCGCUGCCAGGGGUGGUGGUGGUGGUUCCAGAUAGUGGUGUUUAACAGGGUUUUAGAUGGGCACAUGGAGAUGCAGGGAAUGGAGGGAUAUGAAUCACGUGCCGGCAGAGGAGAGUAGUUUAACUUGGAGUCACGUUCAGCACUACUGUAUUCAGUGUAAGUUGACACAUUUUGCUGUUGCUCUUACAGAGGGAGUAAGCUCAUCUGCGGUGUCGGAAGAUGAGGUAAGGUUCAAGGAAUUAACGCAGGGAUCUGGAAUAAAGAAAUAUAAAGAAUGUAGAUUUGUUCUAUACGUAACAAUACAGUAAAAACCUCUCAAUAACGGAGCACGGGGGUUGGGAAUGAUGUCUGUCAUUGCCGAUUGUCCACCGUAACCAUGUG